CGCAGGGAUCGGUUCUAGUCAAAGAUGGAUUUUAGCCAGGUUCUGGAUAGGUGCGGCAACUACGGAAGGUUCCAAAUAUUGCUCCUCCUGCUGUAUGGCUACACGAAUAUUCUGGGAUCGCUGCACUACUUCUCCCAGACCCUCAUCACCUUUACCCCCGAGCAUUGGUGCUCCCAUGUUGAUCUUGAAGGGCUCAGCAUGAAGGAGCUGCAAACUGUUUAUUCAAACAUAUCCACUCCCUCCUGCACUCUUCUGCUGGGCGUAGUCAACGGCACGGGCGUGGUCGCUGAGGAAGGUGUGUGCAAGGACUGGAUCUUCAAGCGGGAGAAUGGCUACGAAAGUAUCACCACUGAGCUCAAGUGGGUCUGCGGCAAAUCUCACCACUCUGCGGUGGGUCAGUCCUUCUUCUUUAUGGGAUCUGUAGUGGGUACCACAACCUUUGGCUACCUCUCGGAUCGCAUCGGUCGCCUGCCAUCCCUGCUGAUGGCCACCUUGUGUGGGGCCACGGGCGACUUUGCCACCUCCUUUGUGUACACUCUUCCCGGGUUCGCCAUCUCCAGAUUUGUGUCUGGCUUGUCCACGGAUACCAUGUAUUACCUCAUGUACAUCCUGGUAUUCGAGUACUUGAGCCCCAAGAGCCGAACCUUCGGUCUGAACAUCAUCCUGGCAGUGUUCUACUGCUUCGGACUGGUUACCUCGCCCUGGGCCGCCAUCUGGAUUGGUAACUGGAGGCGCUACCUCUGGCUGGCCUCGCUCCCCGCCCUGGGAGUGCUCAUCUACCCGCUGCUGAUCUGUGAAAGCGCUCAGUGGCUGCUGACCAAGAAGAAGUAUGACGAGGCGGUGGAAUGCCUGAAGCGAGUGGCCAAGUUCAAUGGUCGCCAGGUGGAGGACUCCAUGUUUGUCGAGUUUGUCAAGCACUAUCGCCAAAGGACAAAAGAGGAGUCGGCGAUCAGCAGUCAGGAGGACAAUUUCUUUGCUAUGUUCAUGACACCUCGCCUGCGCAGAUUUACGCUGACUUUGCUGCUGAAAUCUGUUAUUAUAACCCUUUCGUGCGAUGUGGUCAACCGCAACAUGGAGGGCUUGGGCAGUUCGCCCUUUAAGCUCUUCUCCUUUACCUCGAUCGUCUACCUCCCCGCCGGAGUGGCCAUCCUUCUGCUGCAGAACAAAAUCGGGCGCAAGGGCAUGGCCUGUGGAGCUCUUUUUGUGGGCGCCAUUAUCACUGCGGUGACUGGGUUCCUGAUAGCCCACCUGAAUCCCACGGACAACGCCCUGCUGCUGGCAAUAAUGGUGGGCUUGGGUCGUUUCGGAGCCACCGUCUCCUACGAUGCGGAGAUCCAGUACGCGGCGGAGAUCAUCCCGACGAGCGUACGGGGACAGGCGGUGUCCAACAUCCAUGUGGUGGGCCUGGCCUCCAGCUCGCUGGCCUUCUACGUGAUCUACCUGGCCCAGUACUACAAGCCCCUGCCGUCGAUCUUUAUCAGCUGUUUGAUGUUCUUUGGCGCCGGUUUGUGUCUCACCUUGCCGGAGACUCUUAACAAGAAGCUGCCCGAAACCCUGACGGACGGAGAGAAGUUCGCUAAGAACGAGAGCUUCCUGUACUUUCCCUGCUUUCACAAAAAACAAGAAAACACUGAGUUCGAAACUGUCUAAGAAAAGGGGAAUUUAUUGCUCAUUGCCUGUCAUCUAAUAAAACUCCACUCGAAGACUGAUUACACCCAGUAUUACCGAAAGU